UGCGUUGUACUGUUUUAAGGUUUAACACCAUCUAGCGGGUAGCUAAAGAAUCGCUAAAGCUUAGGGGUGGCUUAGAUUGAAAAGGCUUUCACUAACUUAUUUCCCCUAUCUACCGCUGGCAACAUUUUAUUUUAUUUCCUUCAUCACAUUUACUGAAAGUGAAAUUUAACAUAGUGCACAAUUAAAUGAUUUUUUCAAGUUUAAAUAUAAAUAUUAAAUAAUAACAAUAAAUCUAUAAAAAUAUAAAAACAUAAAAAGCACUUUGAGUUUUCUUCUGUAAGUAUUACAUUAUUUUAGUCUUGCAACCCUUAAAUAGGUCAAAGGAGGAAGUGCAAGAAAAUUUGCGGAAAAUUUCGCUAAAAUGUGAAAAUAGACUGAAAGAGAUGAUUAUUACAUUAUAAUGUGACCGAGUGCAUCGAUAUUUUUUACAAUUAGUGUGUGGAAAGUGCUGAAUGGUGCCAAAAUCGAGGGAAACUCCGUAAAGAGCGCGACAGUUGCCAUGGACAGUCCGCGAAUACCGCAUUGGGAUUUUGACCAAAAUUUUAAUUAUAAGUCCGUAGAUUCUCACUUUUCCCGUGCUUAAAACCUUCCGUAAAUAUGGCAGAGUACGGGGAAGUCGAUUUCAUUGAAGCUUUACCCGAUGUGCACGGUAAAUUGUCAUAAUAAUAUUUGACCCAGAUAGCGUGUGCUCUGACCUGCGGCCACUGAAUGCGGACUUCACUACAUGUUAUUUUUAGGAUACAGCUUUGCAGAUAAUUAAAUAUGUAUUAAUGCCGUUCGCUAUAAUCAGUUGUUAAACAAAUUAUAAAUGACGAAUCAUCGAAACUGGUCCACUUGCAAGAGGCAAACCCUGGAAUGGAUGGUCCCACAAAAACCACAAGAGAUAAAAAACACAAAGUAUGACAAAGCCAAACACUAAUCCAGUCUACACAAUCUAGAUAAUACUUCCUUAGCAAAAGGGAUCAAUUUAAUCAUAGAUUAUCAUAACAAAUUGUAUACACAAUGGCAUUUACCCAGUAGUCAAUUGUUAAGUACUAAGAAUUUAAAAUUGUUGUCGCAAAGACAUGGAAUUUCAAACCCCAGACUGCUACCGAACCUCAAAUCUCUAAACUCAUAAUAAUUAUACGCAUAUCUUCCAAAAGUCAUGAUUACUCGUAACUUUUAAAUUGUAAGCUUAAAAUGGUAACUUAGUACCGUGAAUCUCCUGCGUUUGCCAAAUAGAAAGAGCGGAAGACAAUAUGGUAUUACUUGACUGAGAUAGCCAUUGCAAUAAAGAUAGUUUACCCACGGACGGUCCUUCUGCCCUAAGGCUGGUUACGCACUGUGGCAGUAAUGAAGAAACAAAAUGUCCGCACUCUAUCAUUAAUUGUGUGCACGUUCACAUACCUGCUGGUCGGAGCCGCUGUGUUUGAUGCCCUGGAGUCUACCACUGAGAGGAACCGAUUUGAAGUGCUACAAGCAAUCGAGGGCAUGAUCAUACGCAAAUACAACAUCACCGAAGAGGACUUCCGUGUGAUGGAGACGGUGGUGCUCAAGUCAGAGCCGCACAAGGCGGGGCAGCAGUGGAAGUUCACCGGAGCCUUCUACUACGCCACCACCGUGCUCACCACUAUUGGUUACGGGCACUCCACGCCGUCUACCAUCGGCGGGAAGCUGUUCACGAUGUUCUACGCGAUCGUGGGCAUCCCGCUCGGCCUCAUCAUGUUCCAGAGCAUCGGAGAGCGGGUCAACAGGCUUAGCAGCGUGAUAAUCAAGUCAAUAAAGCGAGCGCUGAACUGCAAACAAACGUCGGCCUCCGAGGUGGACCUGAUCUGCGUGGUGACGACGCUCUCGUCGCUGACCAUCGCGGGGGGCGCCGCCGCCUUCUCCAAGUUCGAGGGCUGGUCGUACUUCGACAGCGUGUACUACUGCUUCAUCACCUUGACUACUAUCGGUUUCGGCGACAUGGUAGCCCUACAAAAGGACAACGCGCUCAACAGAAAGCCCUCAUACGUGAUGUUCGCUCUCAUCUUCAUACUCUUCGGCCUGGCCAUAGUGGCGGCCUGUCUCAACUUGCUGGUGCUCCGCUUCGUGACCAUGAACACUGAGGAUGAGAAGAGGGACCAGAGGAUGCAGGAACAGGCGCAGCAAGUGGCGGUGCGACUGGAGGGCGACGUGAUCACGGCGGACGGCGCCGUGCUGCGCGGCGUGUCGCGCGGCACGCGGCUGCCCGCGCCGCCGUGUCAUGCACAAGGAGACACAUCGAUGAUCCCCCUGUACAUGGACGACGAGUACCCGCCGAGCGUGUGCUCCUGCUCCUGCAGCUGCUUCGGACCCAACAGGUCCAUCCCAUACCGCGACCCGCUGUCGCCCGUCCCGCCCACCAACAUCCGCGCCAUCCGCGCCCGCAACUCCACUACUCGCGAGCUGGGGGGCCUCCCACGCUACAUCGAGAAGUCCUCCGCCAAGAACCGAUCCCAGACCCUGCGCCUCAACUCCGCUUCCGGCUAUCUCUAUAUGAACGCGAAGACAAAUGAUUUCCAACUCAAUCCGGCAGACUUUAGAGAGAUUAUAAAUAAACGCCGCGAGCAACUGCGCAAAGGGAUAAUGAUGUAUGAGAUGCAGAGUCAUGAUAGGUACUCCUGUAGGAAUAGCGUUAGUACGCGGCAGGAAAGCCCGCAUUCGUCGUUUUAUUCUAUGAAUUUGAGGUGUGAAAAUGAGAAGAGAUCGAUAGAUCCGUUGAUGGACGACUUCGAGUCGGAAAAGUCUAGUUACGCGCGAAAGAAGAUCCGCAAAAACAUAGAUAGGAAUACGAGAAAGGAGAACUAUUUCUACGACGACGCCGUCCUGCAUUUCGACGAUGAAUACGCCUUCGACGGGUCGAUUCUGUUCGCUAAACGGAGAAAAUCACUAACCAACUGGGAUGACUACACUUGUGAGAUGCCGAAUGAGAAUAGACCUCAUUGCUCCACGGACCAAGUGUCUAAUGAUGGUAGUUACGGGUAUUACCUCAAUCCAGAGGAAGAGGAAAGUCAGUAUUUCGUGAAUGACACACUGACGUUUGUUCCACCGCCGCAUCGCGCGAGCAUCUAGUGCCAACAGUGUGCCAAGGACGCUAAUAAAUAGUCUAAACAUAAAAAGGGCCAAUUAAUUUAAAACAAAAACGUUACCAUAGACUUUACAAUUUUCUCGGUCGGUAGUUUUGCAAUUCGAAAAGCUACGGUUUAGCUUUUACAUUUUAGUAGUGGAUAGUUGACGCGGAUUUUUUAGUCAAUAUUUUUUAUCAAACGUGAUUUCUAGUCAGCGGAUGGGGACUCGGCACUGAAUUUGUGAUUACACUUUUAACACUGAUACAAGACUUUGACACUGUCGUGAAUAAGUGAGAGUAACUGCUAAGUAUUAAAUAUUUGUAGUGUUCGUUGUAAUAUAAUUGAUAAUUGUUUAUGUUAGUGUACAGUGCCGGGUCUUCCUAUAAUUUGUUCGACGUGGUAUGCCAUGAAUUAGUGGACAAAAAGAAAUUUACUAUGAAUUUUAAAUCAUUUCUAUGUGGGUUUAUAAGACUUUUUCUAUGCCAUUCUAUAGUCAAAUCCAUUACAAAAACUCACAACAGAUUACUCAUACACUUUUAUUUUUACAAUUUGUGCUCAUCCAAUAAGGUUAGGUAAAUUAAAAAAUAUAAACCGAUUCAUCCGUUUUUAAGUUAGGCUACCACAGGCACUUAUUAUGCUUACACAUUUUACACUUACAUCCCUAUUUUUACUUCUAGAAAUUUUGUUCUAGUUACUAUCAUGGCAUACUAUGGAAAGUAUACUUUAAGUUCAUUAGAUUGUUACGUCGGCGUACAUUAUCAAUACUACAAAUAAAUUAUUGAGCUUGGCUUAUCUUGUAGAUACUGUAUAAAGCGAACUUUUUUUGAGUUGCGUUUAAUUAAUAUUUAAAUAAGAAAAUAAGAGAGAAAUCUUUUAGUGGACGAUUCAGAUCAGACAUUUUACUUGGUUUUGUACUUUUUGAGUAAAAGCCGAGUAAAAUGUACUCUAAAUUGGUUCCAUAAUUUGUUAGGAUAUUAUAAGAGUAGAUAUACGCUGUUUUCGAUUCAUUUUUGUUAUUAAUUACACUAUAUUGUUAGCUUAUGGUUAUUUCAAAUGUUCAAUAAUAAACAUAUUUUUAAAGCUCUCACUCAAAAAUCUAGCAAAUCAUUAGUUAGUUAUAGCUAGGUUUCUUGUUAAAAUAUACCUUUCGGUUAGAUUAUACGCUUGAAUAUUUGAAAUAUCUAUAAAUUUUACUUCACAAGUAUAAAAACCUUCCAAAUGUAUGUUUUAAAAAAACAAUGCGCAACAUACGAUUUUAUAAGUUUAAAACUUAAAAAUAUUUUCAGCUAAAAGCGUAGUCGUUUGUUUUAUGCAAUUUACGAAUGCAAAUUUUAUCUAUAAAAUAGUACUUUAGUAGGUAUACUUCUAAAUUUAAUUGAGAACAUCUCUGGAACUCUUUGAAAUAUAUUAUUAUUAUAUUAAUUUACAGUAAAACUGUAGUAUUGUUGCGGUUCUUGGACUUAAUAUUUGUUUUAUUCAAAUUCAGU